AAGAGUUUAACUAACGCAUGAAACAUUGCCCAUUUGGACUCUCGUCUCGCUGAUCCUAUGAUCUCCCUCUCCCUCUAUAUUUCCCGCGAAACUUUCUCUCUCCUCCCCUCUUCUCUCUCUCUCUAUGUAAAACCUAAUCUUCUCAUAUUUCAAAUCAAUUGCUUGCCUUAACCCCAUUUAUUAAUUACAAUCUCUCUCUAGUCUCUCUGUUUUGCGUUCUUUUUUCUCUAUGUUCUGUGCUUCAUGUUCGUUCCUUGCACUGCCGUUACGGUGUUCUUCCUGAAACAAGAAAACUUUUCUUGAAAACUAGAGAAUUCUCUUUUAAUUUGCUUUGAUUUUGCUUCUGCCUUUCUUUUAUUUGCUGCUAUCGUUAUAUUUGAACGUUAUACUAGACUAUAUAUUCAAGUUGAAUGAUCUUCCAAAUCCUUUUUAGUGUUUAGUUCUUGGGCUGAUUUGUUUAUUUUUGAAACAUGUGGUUUAGGGUUUUAAUGUUUAACUGAUGACUUCAUUAACGUAUUAAUGAACAAUCCUUUUGGGGUUUCUUUUAUUUUUCUUGGUUUUUAAUUUGGAGUGAGAGAUCAUGGGAGAGGAACUUGAGGAAGCUCUUUCUGACUCUGAAAAGGGUAGUUUAGUUUCUUCAUGUGAUCCAGUCCACACUACCUCUGCUAAUAAUGCAGUCACAAAUCCGAUCUCUAUUAAAGGGAGGACAACAGGUCCUACCAGACGAUCAACAAAGGGAGGCUGGACAGAGGAGGAGGAUAAAAUUUUAGUUGCAGCAGUCGAAAAGUUCAAUUGCAGAAACUGGAAGAAAAUUGCUGAAUGUGUUCCUGAUAGAACAGAUGUUCAAUGUCUACAUCGCUGGCAGAAGGUUCUGAACCCUGAUCUUGUUAAAGGAACAUGGAAAAAGGAGGAAGAUGCUCUGAUUCUUGACCUUGUUGUGAAGCAGGGGAAUAAGAAAUGGUCAGAAAUAGCAAAACAUUUACCUGGCCGCAUAGGGAAGCAAUGCCGAGAAAGGUGGUACAACCAUUUGAACCCAGAGAUAAAAAGAACUGCUUGGACCAAAGAGGAAGAAUUGACUCUCAUCAAGGCCCAUAAAAUAUAUGGGAAUAAGUGGGCUGAGCUAGCGAAGUUUCUUCAUGGAAGGACUGAGAAUUCAAUAAAGAAUCACUGGAACUGCUCAAUGAAAAAGAAAUUAGAAUCAUGUCCGGCUUCUGAAUUUGACCUAUACAGUUAUAACACAAAAGCAGAAAGCAGGACAUUUGACGUGGACAAUCAAAGCCUGAACUUAGUGCAUUCUUGUUCAUUGGAUUUGGGUCUUGGAAAUGCUACGACAAGAGAGCGUCAAUUGUCAACUUCAGAUAAACAAAAUUGUAAAUAUCCAGAAAUAGAAUCAACAUUUGGAACCAUGGAUGCUAGAGCUUUAACUGCAUUCUAUCUAACUGGUGUAAAGUGCAGAAAAAGUGACAAUAAUGCCAACACUAACUGGUCCAAUAAAUUAAUUAAUGCUUCUUCGGAUGAUGUUGCAAGGCUUCAAUCUCCUGAGCUAUCAAAAACUGUAAAUUCUUUGCAUUCUGGAGCACUUUCUGUACCUUUGACUCUUUCUUUGACUACUCCUAUCAGUGUUGCAGGUUGUGAUAAUAAAACAGGCGAAUUUGAUUUUAAAAGGAAAGUUGUUGGAGGCCUUAAAGAUGUGAAGGAACUUAAUUGUGGUGUCUUGAGUUGUGAAUCACUCCAACUUAAAGAUGGGAAUAUUCUUCUUCAAAAUGUAAGUUAUUCAAGUACUGAUAGCUGCAUUAGAACAGCAGGUAGUCCAGUUUCCUCUUGUGCUCUAGCAAACCAAAUUUCUCAUAAUUGGGGCAGUCCUGAAUCCAUAUUGAGGAGCGCUGCAAGUAGCUUCAAAAGCACACCAUCAAUAAUAAGAAAAAGAAGUUUUAAAACUUCAAGGCAAGCUGACAAUGCUACUCAUUGUGAUCAUGUUUGCAAACUAGAAGACAAUGUAGAGAACCUGUCACUGCAUUUAUGUACCUGUAACAAAGAUGGUGACAAUAAAAUGGAUCCAUCAAAUGAAAAGCAGCCUUUUCUUUCUCCUGCAAAGUCUCAGAAGCUUGAAAAAUGCUUGGAAGAUGCAUUUAAUGUAGAAUGUCAUUCAGACAGUGAAAGAUCUAGAGCAUUUGCUUCUCAUGAUUCUUGUGGUGACAACUAAAACAAAGUCGUCUUUUUUUUUGUUGUUAUCAAGAACUGAUGUUGCAUUUUGAACAGAAAGAUGGAGUUUAACUCGAUGUUACUUAAUGUAUAUGAUUGUAAAAGAUUUUGAGUCCUUGGGAAGGAUGACCGCCACGCAAACUACAACCUAUACCAUAGAUGAUAACAUAAAGCUAUAGAAUAAUAACCAAUUUAAGUUUCAUAUUUAUGGUUAAUAUGGGAAGACAAAUAAUGAUAUUUAGUGUGCUUGAUUAUUCAUAUGAGGAUAGCAAUUUAUUGAAAUAAAGGAAAAUUUUGUAAUAUUAA